AUGGCUACAGAAAAUAAAACGAUUGGAGUGGGAAAGUUGCUAACCGUAACACUCAGUUUGCAGAUCAUUGGUGAGGUAUGUGUUUGGAAUGCUUUUCUCAGGCUCCUGCCAGCACUAGUCGAGACAUUCAGUGACCUGGCCUUCAGUGAUAUUUUCCUGCACCUGCUCACCGAUAACUUCAUGUUGCUGGCUGAUGAAUUUGCUCUGGAGGACUUCUGUACCAGUCUCUUUGAUGGCUUCUUCCUCACUGCCUGCUCAAGAAAAGAGAAUGUUCAUAUAGACAUGCUAAGAUUGCUACUUCACCUGCAUCACAAAAUGGCACUUGCCAAAUUAGAAUCACUCCUGAAGGCCUUGGAACCUACCAAGCAGAGCAGCGAAGCUGUGAAGGAUCUUUAUAACCAGCUCAGUGAGAAACUGGAGCGUCGCAAACCCAGUCCAGCCCAGGUGGCUGAAACUCCAUCCAUGGAACGGACUUUGCUCACAGUGCCCAGCCCAGCCUCGCUCUAAGCCACAUGAGCGGGACUCUGA